AUUUGAACAGUCAUCAGUGUUUCAGCAAAGAGUAAAUAUAUAUUUACUCUUUGGUUCGAGACUUCGAGUUUAUGAUAUAUUAUAAAUAUAUUAUAUUGUUGGGUUAAUACUGCUUUGCAGUUUACAUCGAAUCAUCAAUUCUCCUUGGAAUUUUAUUAAUAGAUGGAUAGAAAUGUGAAUAGACCGAAGCAUUGGCAGUCAAAUGCAAGAAGAAAGAAUUUGGCGGAGAAGAAAGCAUUUGCUGAAACAAAUAAAAUGCCAUCAUAUCAAAACAAAUCUUUGGAUAUGAGUGUAAGACUUCAGCUUUGGAAAACAGAAAAGAUCAGGAAGGAACAGUCAUCUAAAGAGAAGAAAAAGCUUAAACAAACAAAUUCAAAGACCAUAUUAUAUUAUACCGGAAGCAAAAGUAACAUUCCGUUAACCAAAACAACCAAAUUUUUAAACAAGAAGUUUAAAACACCGCUGAAGGAAUAUCAGUCGCCUUCAAUUAAAGAUACUUACAAGGAUGUCAGGCUUGACAUGAGGACUCGCCUUGAAUUAUGGUGGAAAGAAAAAGGCAAAACUCCACAAACACCAACCUUAUCGAAUCAAGGUUUCCCGUGCAAGCACCCAGUUGGGGCUAGCCCAAACCAAAGACGAAAAACAUGGUGCCAUAAUGAAAUGCCCAGGUCAAAAUCUGUUCAAAAUCGAAAAUCUCUUCAUAGACAAAGUGGUAUUUUUAAGCAUGGUGAAUUGUCUGGCAAACAGACAAGGAAAAGUUGUUCUUUUAUUCUUCAAAACAAAGAAAAUGAAACCAAUGAAAAUAAUUCUAGUACUGAUAGCUUUAUGUGGUGCUCAGACAAAGUUUCUCUAGCUGCUGACGAAGAGAAAGAUCUAAUCAAGACUUUAGAAAGGUGUUAUGAAAUGUUUAAAGAGAAGAAUUUGACGCAGGAGGAAAUAGCAUUCAGACUUGAUGAUAUUCAGCGGGAGCACCCAAAUGCAUUAAGACACGCACUCUAUUGGAUCUGCCGAGCAAAGCUGGCUGAGAACUUUGGAGAUCAUGAAAGAGUUGUUUGCAAUAUUGAACGGGCAACCGCUUUUUCAGCAGAGCCAAAACAAAUAGUAGAAAAGUAUUUUGCUGAGUACAAGUCAAAAGCACAGAGGGACAACGAAGGAGCAGAAAGUCCCGCAAAAGAGAGACCAUUUCGCACACCAUACAGGACACCCUGUAGAGAAUUAUCUAAACUUGAUGGAGAAGUCUUUAACUCUUCAGUUGUGAGGUUUUGUUUGAUUGAUUCCACUCCAAGGAGAAACAGAAAAUCUGCGCCUGAAAAGCGUGUAUUCACUCCUGUCCGCCGGACUACCCGUUGGGAACGUUGCGGUAUUACACGUCCAAAGAUGAUUGAAGAGAAGAGAAUAACCGUAGCGUCGUUGGGGGAACUGUCCAGUCCAAUACGAUCCACAAUUGUGUUUAAACCAAACAUGCUACUUCCUUGUCAACUGGAUGAGGAGAUGCUAAUUGAUCUUGAAUAAAAUAAAAAGAAUUUUUUAUACGCGGUAGGGAAGAAUAUUUGAUGCG